AGCGCACUCCGCUUCUCCGGGUUUUAGCAGGAGCCCGCGGGGGGCGGGAGGGGGUGAGGGGACCCGCGGAGCCGGGCAGCCUCCGCCGCGCGUGUGGGGAGCUCGCGCCAGGCGCAGUGCUCUCGCCCGCUUUGCAGUUGCUCCAGAGAUGCUGGCGCGCGGCUCCCGGCUGCUCCACCUGGCGCGCUGAGCUCGGCGCGGGGAGCCCCCGGGGGCUGGCGGGGGGCGCAGACUGCGGUAGAAGGCGAGCCGGGCUCCUCCGGGACUGCGAGACAACGCUCCAGCACUGUCAGGUGCCGCUCUCCAGCCGCUCGCCGCUCCGCUAACUUGUCAGUUGGUGGUGUCCGCUCUCCAAGGCUGUCUACGCUUUGGGGUGGUGGGGUGGUGGUGGGGGGCGGGGGGAGUGGGGAGUUAGAGGGUCUGCGGUGGCCGAAGGAGGGAUCCUGCGAGGGGGAGCUUGCCUGGUGCCGCUCCUCUUCCCCUCCCCAUCGCUCCCCUCCCCCCACCCCGUCGCUGCCGCUUUGCCUUCCGCCAAUUCGGAGAGCAUCGGGAGCCUGUGACAUGCGAUCCCUGCCAAGUGACGGUCCCCGAGUCUGAAGUGCCCGCGAGGAAGUGAGCGCCAACACGGGCCGCGGGCGAUGACAGCCAUGAAGCAGGAGCAACAGCCCACCCCAGGGGCCAGGGCGAGCCAGGCGCAGCCGGCGGACCAGGAACUGGGAAGUAACAGCCCUCCACAGAGAAACUGGAAGGGAAUUGCUAUUGCCCUGCUGGUGAUUUUAGUUGUAUGCUCACUCAUCACUAUGUCAGUCAUCCUCUUAACCCCAGAUGAACUCACAAAUUCAUCAGAAACCAGAUUAUCUUUAGAAGACCUCUUCAGGAAAGACUUUGUGCUUCAUGAUCCAGAAGCUCGGUGGAUCAAUGAUACAGAUGUGGUGUAUAAAAGCGAGAAUGGACAUGUCAUUAAACUGAAUAUAGAAACAAAUACUACCACAUUAUUGUUGGAAAACACUACUUUUGUAACCUUCAAAGCAUCAAGACAUUCAGUUUCACCAGAUUUGAAAUAUGUUCUUCUGGCAUAUGACGUCAAACAGAUUUUUCAUUAUUCGUAUACUGCUUCAUAUGUGAUCUACAAUAUACACACUAGGGAAGUUUGGGAGUUAAAUCCUCCAGAAGUAGAGGACUCUGUCUUGCAGUACGCAGCCUGGGGUGUCCAAGGGCAGCAGCUGAUUUACAUUUUUGAAAAUAAUAUCUACUAUCAACCUGAUAUAAAGAGUAGUUCAUUGCGACUGACAUCUUCUGGAAAAGAAGGAAUUAUUUUUAAUGGAAUUGCUGACUGGUUAUAUGAAGAGGAACUUCUGCAUUCUCACAUCGCCCACUGGUGGUCACCAGAUGGAGAAAGGCUCGCCUUCCUAAUGAUAAAUGAUUCCUUGGUGCCUAACAUGGUUAUCCCUCGGUUUACUGGAGCUUUGUAUCCCAAAGGAAAGCAGUAUCCAUAUCCUAAGGCAGGUCAAGUGAACCCAACAAUCAAAUUAUAUGUUGUAAACCUAUAUGGACCAACUCAUACUUUGGAACUCAUGCCACCAGAUAGCUUUAAAUCAAGAGAAUACUAUAUCACUAUGGUUAAAUGGGUAAGCAACACGAAGACGGUGGUCAGAUGGUUAAAUCGACCUCAGAACAUCUCCAUCCUCACAGUCUGUGAGACCACUACUGGUGCUUGUAGCAGAAAAUAUGAGAUGACAUCAGAUACGUGGCUGUCUAAACAGAAUGAGGAGCCCGUGUUUUCUAGAGAUGGUAGCAAAUUCUUCAUGACAGUUCCUGUGAAGCAAGGGGGCCGUGGAGAGUUUCACCACAUAGCUAUGUUCCUGGUCCAGAGUAAAAGUGAGCAAAUUACCGUGCGGCAUCUGACAUCAGGAAACUGGGAAGUGGUAAAGAUCCUGGCGUAUGAUGAAACUACACAAAAAAUUUACUUUCUGAGCACCGAGUCAUCUCCCAGAGGGAGGCAGCUGUACAGUGCUUCUACUGAAGGCUUAUUGAAUCGUCAAUGCAUUUCAUGUAAUUUUAUGAAAGAACAAUGCACAUAUUUUGAUGCCAGUUUUAGUCCCAUGAAUCAACAUUUCUUAUUACUCUGUAAAGGUCCAGGGGUUCCAGUGGUCAGCCUACAUAGCACAGACAACCCAGCAAAAUAUUUUAUUUUGGAAAGCAAUUCUAUGCUGAAGGAAGCUAUCCUGAAAAAGAAGAUAGUAAAGUCAGAAAUUAAAAUGCUUCAUAUUGACGACUAUGAACUUCCUUUACAGUUGUCCUUUCCCAAAGAUUUUACGGACCGAAACCAGUAUGCUCUUCUGUUAAUAAUGGAUGAAGAACCAGGAAGCCAGCUGGUAACAGAUAAGUUCCAUAUUGACUGGGAUUCAGUGCUUGUCGACACGGAUAACAUCAUCAUUGCACGGUUUGAUGGCAGAGGAAGUGGAUUUCAGGGCCUGAAAAUUUUGCAAGAGAUUCAUCAAAGAUUAGGCUCAGUGGAAGUAAAGGACCAAAUAGCAGCUGUGAAAUUUUUACUGAAACAGCCAUACAUUGACUCCAAAAGAUUAAGCGUUUUUGGAAAGGGCUAUGGUGGCUAUAUUGCAUCCAUGAUCUUAAAAUCAGAUGAAAAACUUUUUAAAUGUGGAUCAGUGAUUGCACCCAUUAUAGACUUGAAAUUGUAUGCCUCCGCUUUCUCUGAAAGAUAUCUUGGUAUGCCAUCAAAAGACGAAAGCACAUACCAGGCAUCUAGUGUGCUACAUAAUAUUCAUGGCUUGAAAGAAGAAAACAUAUUAAUAAUCCAUGGGACUGCUGACACCAAAGUUCAUUUCCAGCAUUCAGCAGAAUUAAUCAAACACCUAAUAAAAGCUGGAGUGAACUAUACUAUGCAGGUCUACCCAGAUGAAGGCCAUAACGUAUCUGAGAAGAGCAAGUAUCAUCUCUACAGCACAAUUCUCAGAUUCUUCAGUGAUUGUUUAAAGGAAGAAAUACCAGUGUUGCCACAGGAACCAGAAGAAGAUGAAUAAAGGACCCUAUUUAUAUAGAGCUGAAGGGGAUAUUGAGGCUCAAUGGAACCUAACCAAGAGACUGUAAUAUUGUAGAUGCUCCAGAAUUUCAAGGGCAGCUUAAGGAGAUGACACUGGAACAGCACACUCAGAGACAAUGAACUAGAAUUUGAAUACAGAAGUCCAUGUCUACUGUGUUGCCAAGGGUGCAGAACCUGUUUCUUUGUGUAAGAAAAGUCAAAGGGUUGGUUUCCGGGGAGAAAUUAGUUUUGCAUUAAAGUAGGAGUAGUGCAUGUUUUCUUCUGUUAUCGCCCUAUUUGUUCUGUAAUUAAUUGCUCUCAUUUUAAUUUCAGUGGCCACUGUCAUCUUUGCAUAUAAUGCACAACUUCUCAGUACUACAGUCCCUGAUCUUUGAUGGCCAAGCUGCAAUCUAACACUUUACUGUACCUUUAAAAUAAGUGCAAUUCCUUCAUUGUCUAUUAUGAUGCUUAAGAAAAGAGUCAGUUAAUAAAACCAGAGUAUUUUAUGUAACUUCUGUUUAUAAAAAGACAUUUUUAAAUGGGUCACAGGUCAUGUAGAAAUAUGGGUUUCAGCACCUUCCAAAGUUCAGCCAGUUAUCAGUAGAUACAAUAUCUUUAAGUCAACACAUGAGUGUACGUCUCACAAUAUGUAUACACACGUGUGCAUAUGCAGUCAAUAAAUCUAUCUUUACGUGUUAUUCAUGCUACAAAGGAUAAACUUGAUGACUUAGAAGAGAUGCUUACAGGCUGUAAUGGAUGCUUUGUUUAAUGAGCCAAAUAUGAUGAAAUUUUUUUUUAAUUCAAAUUCUAGCUAUUGCUUUCCUAUAAAUGUUUUGGUUGUGUUUGGUAUUGUUUUUAGUAGUUAAUAGUUUUCUAGUUGCAGUUUAAUUUUUUGAAUAUGAUACCUUGUCACAUGUAAAUUAGGUACUUAAAUAUUAAAUUAUAGUUUCUGAUAAAGAAAUUUUGUUAACAAUACUAUACCACUGAGUGCUAUUUUGCUCUUUUGGUGGAAAACGCUUUUUUAAAACACUUAAUCCUUUUUCUUCUCUCAAUGAAAAACCAAUUCUCAUUUUCAUUGUAAAAGCAAAGACUGGAUUAUUUCAUUUGCCAGUUCUUAUUUAGUAUCCCAUGCCUUCCCAAUGCAUCUGUUACUGUUUAAAUCCUUCUGGUGAGAUUUAGAAAUGAAAUACUUUUUAUUCAUUGGCCAAAAAAGUUCACAAACAGCAGUGUUUACUAUUUAAGGCACAAAAUGCAUUAAUUUCUGUGCUGUGUUGAUUUGCAGUAGUGAGUAAUUGAGAGUGUAAAAUAAACUUGACUGUAAUGAAGUCAAUUUAAGUCAUGAGAAUAUUAACUUUUCUGACAAAAAUCAAAGAAUAUCUUCUCAUUUCACUGGAGGGAUCUUCCAGAAGAGAUGUCCAAAAGUCAAGCACAGAAGUUCAGGUAAAUCUAGGCAGAAGACUGGGUUUUUGUGGUUUUAAAAAUUCCUUAGGACAGGCUAGAUUAUAAUGACAUCAGAAUACCAGGAGGAAAGUUAAAAAUUUCAUGGAAUUGCUCAGUAAUCCUCUUGUUUUAUGAAGGCAUCAACCCUAAAAUCUGGGUGUUUGGAAACACAUAAGUCAUUUUUUGGGUAUUCUGCUUUUCUCCCAUAUUCUUUGGAGCUGCAUCUUAACUGCUGUGUUGGAUUCCAUUUAAAAUGGGAAAAAUUUUUGAAAGACCCAUUUCAGGUCUUUUUCAAGACUAGUAAAACACAUUUUUUAAAAAAAAAUAAGUAUACUGUUUUAAAAAAUAAGUGUAAAAGGAAAGCUUUGCCUAUUUUAUUAAGAUGGAAAUUUCUUUUUUAGGCUGAUUUGAAGUCCAAUUGAAGCUUUUGAAUCAAUAUUUUAAAUUUCAACAACUAGAGUUUUUAUGAUGCAAAUAAUUAUGUUGUUUGAAAGAUGUGGUGUUAUUGUCUAUUUGAGUAACAUUUAAAAAGUACCUUUUACUGUUCAUCAUUUCUCUUGUUUUAUUAUUAUUAUCAGUGUUUAUUUUUCAGUUAAUUUAAUACAGCUUCUAACAUGAAAGACAUUAGUCUGGAACCCGCUUUCACCUUUAAGGCUAAAUAGAUAUCCAAUGAAAACUACUGAUUUGUAGGACGGUGGAAAAUAUUUGUUUCUGUGAUUAUCUGGCUUUUCAUAAUUGGGUUAUUUUGGAAAAGGGAGAUGCUCACUAAAACACACAGGCACCAAACAUUAAAGGAAUCAUCUAACUGGAUUUUGUCUUUUAUACA